AUGGCUAUGGAGGUUCCUCGUGAACAAGACAGCUCUUCAGAUGACAGUUUCCAAAAUAAAAGACAAUUAAAACCCAACGAAAAAGACGAAAAAGCUGGGAAGGGAGAGAAUUAUAGAAAUCUUGACAUUGUGUAUCAAAAUUCAAACGAUUCUCAUAAAGCUAUCGAGUACCAUGAGCGUCAUCUGCAAGCUGCAAAGGAAUUGAGUGAUAAAGCUGGAGAGGGACGGGCUUAUGGAAAUCUUGGCAUUGCCUAUAAUAGCUUAAGCGAUUUUCAUAAGGCCAUCGAUUGCUUUAAGCAUCAUUUACUUAUUGCGAAAGAAGUAAGAAAUAAAGCUGGAGAAAUAUGGGCUUAUGAAAAUCUUGGCAAUGCCUAUCAGAGGUUAGACGAUUUUCAUAAGGCCAUCGACUACUAUGAGCUUCAUCUAAAAAUUGCAAAAGAAGAGGGGGAUAAAGCUGAAGAAGGACGGGCUUAUGGAAAUCUUGCCAUUGCCUAUCAGAGCACAGGCGAUUUUCACAAGGCAAUCGAGUACCAUGAGCGUGACCUACAAAUUGCAAAAGAAGUUGGGGAUAAAGCUGGAGAAGGACGGGCUUAUGGAAAUCUUGGCAUUGCUUAUCAGAGCUUAGACAAUUUUCAAAAGGCCAUCGAUUGUCAUGAACGUCAUCUAAAAAUUGCAAAAGAAGUGCGAGACAAAACUGGAGAAGGACGGGCUAAUGGAAAUCUUGGAAUCGUCUAUCAGAGCUUAGAGGAUUUUUAUAAGGCAAUCGAUUACCAUGAGCGUGACCUACAAAUUGCAAAAGAAGUGGGGUAUAAAGCUGGAGAAGGACAGGCUUAUGGAAACCUUAGCAUUGCAUAUCAAAGUUUAGGCGAUUUUAACAGAUUUAUUGAUUACCUUACGUGUCAUCUACAAAUUGCAAAAGAACUUGAGCGAUUUUCAUAA